AUGCAGGAUCCAGAAAUCUCGGUCGAAGGCCGUCAAUUCUUAUCGAGCAAGUGGUGGACGAGAGGUUGGACCUUACAAGAGCUCAUAGCUCCGCGGGUCGUCAAGUUCUUUGGUCACGACGAAAAGCAGCAAUGGAAGCAACUCGGAAAGAAAUCGACGCUACUCCAGUUGAUUGUCUACAGGACACCCAUCGAUCGCAAAGUGCUCGAAGGCUCUGAUGUGAGGAGCUGCAGCGUUGCAAAUCGCAUGUCAUGGGCUGCCGAACGUGAAACAACCCGUGUUGAGGACAGAGCAUAUUCUCUUCUCGGAAUCUUUGGGGUCAACAUGCCUCUGCUGUAUGGAGAGGGUGAGAGAUCAUUCAUCCGCCUUCAGUCCGAUGACCAAACUCUCUUCGCGUGGGAGCUUGAGAAGAGAUCUGGGGCUCUCGGUCGAAUGCCCUGUGGACCUUUGGCUACCUCUCCCUUCCAAUUCCAGACCAUCUUCAUGAGGCAAGAGCUGGAGCAUAGUGUACAAUUCUGGAGUCAAAAGGUUGUGAAGUUCCGCAUCAAUGAAGAAGAUGGCAAAAGGCCAUUUGAUCGACCAUUCUUCGACCCUGAGCUUUUCGCUAGCUCGAAAUUUGACGACGGCUGGGAAGAGUAUUUCCUCCCUCCUAAUUGUAACAGUGGAUCGAUCAUAUUUCCAACUCAAGGAUACCAUCUCAUCAUAUUGUACAGCAUCAACUCCGAAAACCUCGAAAGAUUCAACUACGAAGUAAUUUGCGCUCUUACGAGCGGCCAAAGCAAAGAUAUCUCGGUAUCCAAGUCACGUCGCAUCUUCCAGCAAUGGAUCAAAGCGCCUCCAGUAGCCAUACAAGACAUCAUGACGUUCGAUACAACGAUACCGCUUUCACGACAAUACAUCUUUGAGUCGGUUUUUGACAUGAACAGCUCUGAUGCCAACAGAGUGCUACAGUGCGACACCAAAAAAGCUCUCUGUGACUUCCAUAAUAGUUCUGCCCCGUUCCGUUUGCUAUCUAGCAAUUUGGGACUACCAAGGUAUCGUUCUAUGAAGGCACGAACUAACACGCAGUAUUUUCGCGAUCAGUGCACUACGCUGCUGAGCAUGGAUCUCUACUCGGGGUACAAAGCUCGUGUUUAG